AUGGCGGACUCUGCGCGGUAUAGGCUUGAGGAGCUGACGCCUGUAGUGGCCGCGCUCCACAAGAGCGGCUAUUUCGAGAAACACGAGCUGAAAGUGCUCGUUGAGACGAUGCACGACUUCGAGUGCAAGAUCAAGAGCACCACCUUGAAGAAGGAAGAUUGGAAGAGGUACAUUGAUCACCAGCUGAAGGUUGAGCAACUCAGGAAAAUCAGGCAGGCGACCAGAAGAAUUAAGAAGCUAGGUGAAGACGAGGGAAGGCUGGCUCGCAAAGGCAUCGAACGGCACAUUCAUUUUCUGUAUUCCCGGGCAGUGCACAAAUUUAAGGGUGCAACAGAACUGUGGGAAGACUGGAUCGAUUUUUGCCAGUCAAGCCGAUCCUACAAGAGAUUGUCCAAGGUGAUCCAUGAAGCCCUCAGCUACAAUCCGGGGUGCACUUCUUUGCGAUUGAAGGCAACAGAAUGGGAGUUGGAGCACAACGAAAACCCAACCACUGCAAGAGUGCUCUUCCAGGAUGGUUUGCGCAAGGUCAAAGGCAAUGCUGCGAAAAUCCUGUGGAUCCACUACUUUCAGAUGGAACUGCAAUAUGUGCAUAAACUGAAGAGCCGGCAGGAAGCUCUCGGCAUCUCUCUAUCCGGUGAAGGUGAUGAUGAAGGCGAUGAAGGUAGCAAUGCUGAGGAGACGGCAGUCAGAGAAGUCCUGGGAGGGGCACUUGCGAAACUGGUUUUGAGGAAUGCCCUGAGUGCCUUUCCAGUUGACCUGUCUAUGAGAAGGGCAUUGCUGAGUGUUCUGAAUAGGCACACAAUUGAAUCUGCUGAGGGCCUUGAAGAAAUUAUUUGCUGCGAGCUCAAAGAGAAGCUAGGAAAGAUGCCAGAGGCUUGGGAUGUUGUUGCCCAACACUACUAUGCCAAGGCACUGGGGCAGAAGCCAUGGACACAGGCUCUUAAGGAAGCGACAUUGGCUUUUGAAGAAGGUCUCCACCAUGCUCCGCAUGUGGUUGACUACUACGUCGACUUCCUUUUGCAGCAGCUGAACGGCCAAGAGCAAGGAAAAGGAGACCCAAGCAUGAACAGUGGUUGCAGUAAAGAUGAUUCACAGCAAGAAAUGUUGAAACUGCAGCUGAGAAAUAUUUGUAAGCAGGCGUGCAAGGAGGGCAGCUGCUCUGAUAGCGUUGUGCUUUGCUGGCUGGAUUUGGAAAGGGAACUUGGAACACUGGAGGAAACUGCAGGGGCCUGUGCGCUGGCCUGCAGACUGAGGCCAUUAGUCCCUCAGACAUGGAUGCGACAUCUAUCAGUAGAGACACAGCUUUCACAAGGCACCAACAGCCGCUUCGUAAAAUUGGAACAGGUGUGCUUGGAUGCAUUGAGGCAUCUGCUGGAGUCACCUGCUGUGUGGAGGGCUUGCAUGGAUGUCAUGCUCGAGUGUGGUGUUGUCUUCAAACCAGUCCAAGAAUUGAUGAUCCAGCUCGCGAUGCGAGGUGUACAAAGCUCAGAGAUGGGAGAGCUGAUGGGGGAGUUUGUGUCCAUCGUGGGGCGAAUGGAUGGCAUCGAUUGUGCCAGGAGUUUCUUCAGGAAGAUCACUGCCAGUGCCCUGUCUCUUCAUGCGAGUUUCUACAAGGGGGUGAUCAAAAUGGAAGAGGAGGAAGUUGUGUCCAACACUGAUGCAAAAAGAAGAAAGAGAAUAUCCAGUCUAUACGAGGCUGCGGUUCUCAAGGCUGGUCAAGAGGAUAUAGAGCUGUGGGUGGACUAUGCCAGGUUUGAAUAUAGAAAUGGUGGCAAUUAUGGACAUUUGUUGUGGCGCGCCGAAAAGGCAGGACAUUCUGCAGUGGACUUGGACAGAUUAUGGCAGAAGGGAAUAAGAUGA